GGGGUUUUCAACUGGAUCCGCUCGGAUUGUCGGAUUUAUUUAGUAAACAUUGGGCUUUUCCACCUAACGAGAAAUGGAGCGUGGAAGGAUGAGUCGGGUAACAGGCAGACCGUCGGAGCUGCCAAUGCGAGUGCAAGACAGCAACAGGAUGAGCAUGGUGUAUACAACGCCCCAGAGUAAACAACCUUCAUUUGGAAAGUUGAACAUACCCAAACCCCAGUCUGUGACCUCUGAGAGACGAACCAGCUUCUUUGGUGGCCGGACUAGUGGAGCCAGCAUGCCUCGCAACAGCACCAUGUCAGGGUUUGGAGGAAGUGAGAAGAUCAAAGACACCAGACCUCUUCAUGAUAAAUCCUUUGUGCAGCAAUGUAUCAGACAGCUGCAUGAGUUCUUGACUGAGCAGGGUUAUCCAGGCACUUUGUCAUCCAAGACCCUUCAGUCUCCCUCUACCAAAGAGUUUGUGAAGAUGUUUGAGUUCAUCUACCGCCAGCUAGACCCAACCUUUGAGAUGCCAAACUUAAAAGUUGAGGAGGAGGUUCCAGCUAUCCUAAAAGCCCUGAGGUAUCCAUUUGUUCUCUCCAAGUGUUCAAUGUAUUCUGUUGGAGCUCCCCAUACCUGGCCACAGGCCCUCGGUGCUCUCAUGUGGCUCAUUGAUAACGUUAAGAUCAACUGGAGUUUGAGUAAACAGGAGCUGCUGUUCAGUGACUUUGGUGAGGACAGUGACAAUAUCGAGGAAGGAGCGGAAUAUAACAAGCUCUUCCUGGACUACACAGCUGAGACAUACUCCAAGUUCAUGCAGGGCGAUGACACAUUUGAGGAUGAGGAUGACCUAUUCCUCACUAAACUCAAGAAGCUCUACAACGUUGAUGAAGCCCUGCUGACUGCGAUGGAGGAGAAGCACAGAAUGCUCACUGAUGAGGUUGAACGACUGGAGAAGGAGAGCCAGAUGGACCGUCUAACGACCAAGAGGAUGGAGAAGGGAAAGCUGCAGAUAGACCUGAAGAAACUCCAGAGUUAUCGAAGCAGCCUGGAUACCUUUCAAGCCAACCUCGAGAACAAAGCUUCAGAAUUGACUGAUGAGCUGGAGAACACUGUCAGUCAUCUGGAGUCUCUAAAACAUGAGCGAGAUGAGCUGCAACUCCGGCUGCAGAAUCAGAAGUUUACUCCAGCUGACGUAGAGAGGAUCAACAGAGAGAAGAGGGAGCUCCAGCAGACCAUCUCCAGUCUCAGCAAGUCUCUUGAAGAUGCUGAACAGCAUAAGUGGAAUGAGGAGAUUGCUCUGGCCAAAGUGAAAGAGAAGGCGGAGCUGAAGCUAACAGAGUACCAUAAACUGGCUCGUAAACUGAAGCUGAUACCCCUGUCUGCAGAGAACGCCUGUGGUCACGAUUUUGAGAUCAGGCCGUUCGAAUGUGGAUCCGGCAUGGUUCAGAAUAGAACACAGAUACAGAUGCUCCUGAGAAAGCUGGUCAGUGAUGUGGAGGAGGAGAACAGUCGAUUAGCCAACAUGAAACUCAGCCUGGAGGAGUCUUGUGAACAGGUGAAUUCCAACAUCAUGGACAAGUCCAAUGACAUAAAGCAGCUGAAAGAGCAGAUUCGCAAGCUGGAUGAACGGUUGGAUUGCGACAUGCAGGAGCUGGCUCGAGAGGAAGGGGACUGGGCAGAAGAGAUGGAGUCAGUGGAGAACCAUCGUAAGCUUCUCGAGAAGAAGGUUAAUUAUGGUUACGACGAGGCUGUGCAACAACUGAAGGCAGCGCAGCAGCAGUACCAUCUGGUGCUGCAGGAGACCAAUGAGGAGAGACGAACAGUCGCUAACAACCUUGCGUCUGUGUUUACCACAGCGACCAACCACUUGUCAAUUACAGAGAAGUGCCUGGAGGAUCUGCACAGCAGAGUGCAGCGUGUCUGCUCCAAGGCUGUGGAAGAGGAUGAGGCCGUUGUACAAACGCUGAGGGACACUUUGAAGAGCUUCAUAUCCAAGGCGAACAGUUCAUAAAGCGAGGAGGAAGGAUCUCCGGGAUGUUCCCGUCAUUUGUGUUUUAAGUUUCGUACCAUCUUGCAAAUAAAGAAAUUAAUCACCUAGUGA